CGACAGCUGUUCGAUAGCGAUGAUUUUUAUUUUCUUGUCAGUCAUUCGGUUAAACUUGUCUUCGUAAGUCGUGUUGGUCUUGGUAAUGAAAGAAGAAAAAAAAACGAAAAAACGGCUUUCUUCAAAGAAAAUAAAGUGAAAAUUCAAAAUUCGUGAAAGAAUUCCAAAAAAUGGCUGAAAAAAGAAAAUCCAGUGCUAUUUGGGCUCAUUUUGAAGAAAUUGCCACGGAAAAGGCAAAAUGCAAAUAUUGCAAAAACAUUCUCAGCAUUGCCUCGGGUUCAAUUGGGAACCUUAGUCGGCAUAUGAAAAGGAAACAUCCUCUAAUACCAAUAAAAGUGGAAAGGCAAACCCAAUCUAUUAUCCACGAUUUGGAGAGUAACAUUAUAGACCAGCAACAAUCAACUAAUAUUGCCAAAACUGCGUCAAGUGUUGAUAUCGUUGAUAUUACUAACAAUUCUGGCAGCAUAGCUUCAAAUGCAAGAACUCAAUCAAACAUAACUCAAUUCCUCCAAAAGCCACCGCCAGCUCGCAAAGUGGAGAAGAUAGACCUACAACUUCUAAAAAUGAUAGUUAAAGGGCACCACGCAUUCAGACUUGUUGAAGAGCCUGAAUUCAAAAUCCUUUUGGAAUUGGUUUCCCGUUGUCCAAAUUAUACAUUGCCGUCUAGAAAAAAAGUUUCGAAUGUGUUGUUGUUAAGCACCUACAAUGAUGUCUUAGAUGAUGUUAAAAUUCAAAUUCAAUCUGCGUCUGCUGUAUGCCUCACUACUGAUGGAUGGACAUCCAGAUCCCAUUGUAGCUACUUGGCUGUAACAGCACAUUAUAUUAACAACAAUACCGAAAUGAGAGCACAUUUGCUAUCGUGUGUAGAAUUCAAUGAAAGGCAUACUGCUGAGAAUCUGGCUGCUUGCAUAAAGGAACUUUGUAUAGAGUUCGGUAUUUUGAAUAAAGUGUCUGCAGUUGUGACUGACAAUGCAUCAAAUAUAGUGGCUGCAAUCCGAGCAGGAAAUUGGCGUUGGGUUGGGUGUUUUGCACAUUCACUUAAUUUGGUAGUUCAAAACUCAUUACAUCCAAUAGACAGCAUAUUGAAAAAAGGCACACAAACACCACUCAAGUUAAAACAUGAUGUUGAAACCAGGUGGAACUCCACAUACGGAAUGCUGCAAAGGAUUUUUAAUCUAAAAGAUGCAGUAAUUACAACGCUAUCAUUGAUUAGACCUGAUCUCUUGUUUCCACUGGAAGAAUGGGACUUAAUAGAGGAAAUUUUGCCCAUACUGAAACCUUUCUAUCAAAUGACAAUGGACAUUUCAGCAGAAAAAAGUGUUACUUUGUCAAAAGUUUUGGUAUUAUGUAACAUUUUGGAGCAGACCAUUUCAAAAAUUACUUCUACUAAUUCUAUUAUUUCUAACAUGUUGACAAUACUGAGGAAUGACUUAAACACAAGAUUUGGAAGCUAUGAGAGAAACUACCUCUAUGCUGAGAGCGCGCUACUUGAUCCCCGCUUCAAGCGCAGAGCAUUUAAAAGCGAAGGUUCUUACGAUUUUGCUGUACAACAAUUGAGGGAAAGGAUAAUCCGCAUAAGAUUGCCAGACGUUGAUAUAAAUAACAAUUCUGAAAGCGCAAAGCUUUCACCUCAAAACGAUGACCUUGAUGAGCCGGAUUACUGGAAAUUCUUUGACGAACAAUAUAAAAACAAUACUAAGACUGAAAACAACACGGCAGCGGCCAUAAAAGAAUUGGAUAAAUACUUAAAGGAGGACUAUAUAGGACGAAAAUUGGAUCCUUUAAAAUGGUGGAACUUGAUGAAAAAUGUGUAUCCACGACUAUAUAUCCAUGUCUUGAAAAGAUUAUGCAUUACUGCAACAUCGGUACCAUGUGAGCGAAUCUUUUCCGCAACGGGACAGAUAAUUAGUGAAAGAAGAACCCAUCUAAAACCAUCGAAGGUAGAAAAAGUUGUAUUUCUACAUAACAAUAUGUAAAAAAAUUAUCGAAAAUUGUUUUUUUUUUUUCAUUUAGUCUACAUGUGUAAAGACAUAUUUUAUACUUUGCAAAGUAUUUACAAGAUCUCAAUUAUUUUUACUAAAAAUUGUCUAAGAGGCUAAAGUGCUGAUUAAAAAUUGGACACAAGACUGUAUAGCUUUUGAAAAAUGUUUACUGGCAUUAAAAAUGAAAUAUUAAACUUAAAAAUACAUAAAAGAUAUGAAUAUGCAAUUUAAUUUCUAAAAUUUAAGUCUUAAAAUGUU